GUCAAGCAUUCCAAUAUUAUUGUGCUCUCGUUACACAUUGUUAUCGACAUCUUUGAUUCAUACGUAAUUAAAAGACGAUGUGUAGUCACUUAUAUGAUAUAUUAAACUAUCGGAAAACUGUACACGAAAGACACGAAAUUACCAAGGACAGAUAAGAAUGGAUCGACCAGUUUCGUCAUCGUUGGUACUUUUGCGCGUGUCGAAUAUAAGUCUCGUCUCAACGAUUGCCAGUAUACAAAUUCGCGGUGCAGCGAAUUUCCACGCGUCACAUUCAAACAAACCGCGGUAAUAUUAUCAACAUUUCAACCCUUUAUCAAGGAAAGUGAUUACUGCAAAAAUGCGUAUUAUUUUUAUAAAAUUUCGCGAAGUAUCGCAAAAGUAUCCAGUUGUAAGAGGAAUGGCUUCUUAUGCUAUCAUAUGGCCGACAGGAAGUUUAAUACAACAAAAAUUAAUAGGAAACGACGAACUAAAUUACAUACAAGCAUUAAGAUUUAGUUUAUAUGGUGGGUUUUUUGUAGCUCCAACACUAUAUUGUUGGUUAAGAUGCUCUUCAUACUUUUGGCCAAAAUCAGACCUGAAAUCUGCAAUUACUAAAGCUUUAGUAGAACAAGUCACAUAUAGUCCUGCUGCAAUGUGUUGCUUCUUUUUUGGCAUAAAUUUACUUGAAAUGAAACCAGUAGCUGAAUGUCUUGAAGAAGUUAAACAUAAAUUCUGGCCUACUUACAAAGUUGGUGUUUGUGUAUGGCCCAUUUUACAAACAGUCAACUUUUUUUUGGUUCCAGAACAUAAUCGUGUUGUUUAUGUAAGUUUCUGUAGUUUAAUUUGGACAUCUUUCCUUGCUUAUAUGAAAGCUUUGGAAGCAAAGAAGAAACAAAAUGAUAUAAAAAAUGACAAUAAAUUAAGCAAUGCUAAACCUUCUAGUCAAGCAGAAGAUAAAAGUAAAAAGGUAUCAGUUAUACGAUGAAGAUUUAUAUGAAAAUUAUUUAGCUCAAUUUAUUAAUUUGUGUACA